CGGUUCAUCAGUGAUUGUGACUCGACAGAAUGGAACAAUUAUUGGACAAAUACACACGCAUGUCCGCUGGUCUGUUCCAGUCCAUUGCAUCAACCUGCCGCGCAAGAGCGACAUCCAUCCAUCACAAGAACGAUGUCUGCACAUUGCUGCGGGAGAACUUGCUCUUGAGUUCCUGAGACUUUUCAACCUGAACACACACACAUACCGACGGGCACCAGAGACUUGAGCUGAUGCGACGGCGCCGCCUUUUCUCGGUUACCAGUUUCAUGAAGUCGGUAUUGUUGACUUGCCGCUUGACCUCCAGAUCCUGGUCACGGUCAAAACGCUUCCACGGCUGACCGCCUCCACCACCCUACACACACAUACACCCAUGUACCAGACAGACAUUCAGUGCAUGUGCCCCGGCCCCAUCCGUGUGUGGUGUGCCCACCUCCGCCUGCUGGCCCUUUGUCUUGCCCCAUGGGUCAUCCGCCUUGCGCUUCAUGGCCUUGUGCUGCUCGUCCCGGUACUGGCUGAAGGCGCCCUCCUGCUGCAGCUCCAACAGGCUCUUGCCCCGGUGCUGCUUGUUGUACUCCUCCAAGUACUUCUCCAUCGCCUGACGCUCCUCCUCGGUGCGCUUCGCCUCAAACGGGUCAACUGACACACGCACACACACGCACACACACACACACACACACAGAGUGGCACAUCCAUGCAGGAAUGACAUGGCUGUUGCUUUGGGGGGGGGGACCUUUCGGCCUUUUCGGCGCCUGUCCGAAUGCGGCAGCCAGUGAGUCGGGGGCGUCGGUCAUCCAGCUCUCACGCUGCGGACGUCCCCCACCCUCUUCUCCCUCUUCAUCCACAGUCGGCAUCGGCCCGAACUGUGCCUCGUCAGCCUCCCCGCCCCCUUGAAAGCCCUCCUGCAGACGAGCCAGGUCGUCGCGCGAAGGGAAGGCGACGCCCACACGGCGCUUUCCAGGGGGUGGGGGAGGGGGAGGGGGGCCAGCCAUGGCACCUGCCGCCGAUGAGGGAUUCUCCACUGGGCCAGUAGGGGCGGCUGGCAUGCUCUCCCACGACAGAAAAGAUGGCUCAGGAGGGGCCGCCGGUCCCUCCUCCUUCGCAGGGACGGUGGGAGGAGGUUCUGCGUCCUUCUGCUUGUCAGCAGCCCUCUUUGCCUCCUCAUUCUCCGCCUCCCUGGUGUCCUUCUCUGCCUUCUUGACCAGCCUCUUGAUCUCCCUCCGGAAGGAAAAGUCGCGCGCCUUGGGUGGCUUGCGGAACCCCGACUGCUUGGCGGCUGGCUCGUCGAGGUAGAAUGCCUUGAACAGGUGCCGCACUUUGCGGCGGAUGGUCUUGUCGGCGAUGCCGUCGAGGAUGACCAUCUCGCCGUCGUCGAUAGAGCGAAGCAGACCUACCAACUGCAUCCACUCACAUCGGGAGAAGUAGUGGAAUGCAGGCAAGGGAUUCAGCCUCGUGUGUGUGUCACCUCUUUGCCCGCCGAGCCGUUGAUCUCGAGCAGGUCUCUGACGAGUCGUUCGACCUCUCCACGCUCGUAGAACCACUGACGCACAGACAAGCAAGGCAUGUCAACAAACAAACAAUGCAUGUUUCUCCGCUGUUUUGUGGACUGCCAUGCUUACGUCAUCGUCGCUUCCGUCCUUGUCCUUGGAUUUCUUCUUGCGUUUCUUCUUGUCCUUCCGUCGCCUGCGAGAUCCCUCAUCAGAUGAAGACUCCGAAGCGCUUGACAUUGCCAAGGCGAUGACGACGGCAAGCUGUGCAGAG